AUGGGGAAAAUUUUCAUUUUUCAAAUCGACUCCAGUUGAAUACAGUACCUGCAACUCGCUUCGGUUCCAAUCUGUAGUAAGAGUCGCGAAUUCGAUUUUGGGUGUUGAUUCGCUCAUGAAGGGUGGCGAGGAGACUGAAACGAGGAAGACAGACGCUUGUGUUUGACUGCGAUUCUACAACACAAGUGUAAAACCAAGAGAUGAAGUACGCAAAGCCUUUGCAUUUGUUUCGUGAUUUGGUAAAGGCAAGUUCAUCUGGAAGUGGGCGUCUUCUUGGUCUGGAUGUGGGGGAUAAGUAUGUGGGUCUUGCUGUUUCAGAUGCCAAUAACGCAACUGCUUCUCCUCUCAGUGUUCUCGUUCGAAAGAAAUCAACUAUUGAGCUGAUGGCUAUUGAUUUUCAGUGUUUGAUCUCUGAACUGUCCCUUAUAGGCUUUGUUGUUGGUUGCCCUUUUGACAGGCAUAGAAGGUGUCCACAAUCAGUGAUAAUAAAACUCUUCAUUGACGAGUUAUGUAAAAACGAGAGACUCGAAGGAAUGAAGUAUACCUUUUGGGAUGAGUGCUUCACAUCGAAGAGUGUAGAAUUAAUGUUGAAGCCAUUGAGUUUUCACCCUGUGGUGGCUAAGACAAUGACUGACAAAUUUGCUGCAGUGGGAAUACUUCAGGGAUAUCUGGAUCAUGUGAACCAGAUGCAAUAAAGUUAAACUAAUCCGGGUAGAAAUUCACUGUUUUUUUUAUUCUCUUAUUCGAAAUGCGCCAAGUAGGGGUUCAACCAGCAAUCUUCUUCUGCUAACAAAUUCUGACUUACAUUACAUUAAUUUAGUGAACUAUGUGAAUAGAAGCUACAGAAGAAAGCAAUAUUCUCUAGAUGUGAAAAUGUGCCCAUUUGGAACACAUGUCUUAAAAAAAUUGUGUAUCGUUUAUUUAUUUUAGA